CGGCUGGGCGGCCGUGGCCGGGCUGGGAGCCGCGAGGAGAGCGGGCAGCGCCGCCGGAGCCCGCCGGCCGGGCCAUGGCCAAGGCGGGCCGUGCAGGUGGCCCUCCUCCGGGCGGUGGUGCCCCCUGGCACCUUCGAAAUGUCCUCAGCGACUCAGUGGAGAGCUCUGAUGAUGAAUUCUUUGAUGCUAGAGAGGAGGUGGCCGAAGGGAAGAACGCCAUCCUCAUUGGGAUGAGCCAGUGGAAUUCAAAUGACCUGGUGGAGCAGAUCGAGACCAUGGGGAAACUGGAGGAGCAUCAAGGAGAAGCGAACGUGCCGUGCACAUCCAGCAUCCUCCAGGAGAAGCAACGAGAACUGUACCGGGUUUCCUUGAGAAGGCGGAGGUUCCCAGCCCAGGGAAGCAUUGAGAUCCACGAAGACAACGAGGAAGGCUGCCCGCAGCGCUCCUGCAAGACGCACGUCCUCCUGCUGGUGCUGCACGGGGGGAGCAUCCUGGACACGGGCUCGGGGGACCCGUCCUGCAAGGUGGCCGACAUCCACACCUUCAGCUCCGUGCUGGAGAAGGUCACGCGCGCCCACUUCCCCGCAGCCCUGGGCCACAUCCUCAUCAAGUUAGUCCCCUGUCCCGCCAUCUGCUCUGAGGCUUUCUCACUCGUCUCCAACCUGAAUCCCUACAGCCACGAUGAGGGCUGUCUCAGCAACAGCCAGGACCACAUCCCUCUGGCCGCCCUGCCCCUGUUGGCCAUCUCCUCCCCGCAGUACCAGGAUGCAGUUGCCGCCGUCAUCGAGCGAGCCAACCAGGUGUACAUGGAGUUCCUCAAAUCCCCCGAUGGGAUUGGCUUCAGUGGGCAGGUGUGUCUCAUCGGGGACUGUGUGGGGGGCCUCCUGGCCUUCGAUGCCAUCUGCUACAGCGCGGGGCCCUCAGGUGACAGCCCUGGCAGCGGCAGCCGGAAGGGGAGUGUCAGCAGCACACAGGACACCCCAGUUGUGGUGGAGGAGGAAUGCAGCCUGGCCAGCAGCAAGCGACUCAGCAAGAGCAGCAUCGAUGUCUCCAGCGCGUUGGAGGAUGAAGAACCCAAGAGGCCACUGCCCCGGAAGCAGAGCGACUCCUCCACCUAUGACUGCGAGGCCAUCACCCAGCAUCACGCCUUCCUAUCGAGCAUCCACUCGAGCGUGCUGAAGGAUGAGGCUGAGCCCCCUGUGGCCGGGGGGCCCCAGCUCCCCGAGGUCAGCCUGGGCCGCUUGGAUUUUGAGGUGUCCGACUUCUUCCUCUUUGGCUCGCCCCUGGGCCUGGUCCUGGCCAUGCGGAGGACGGUGCUGCCCGGACUGGAUGGUUUCCAGGUACGUCCUGCCUGCAGUCAGGUCUACAGCUUUUUCCACUGUGCAGACCCCUCUGCCUCCCGGCUUGAACCACUGCUGGAGCCCAAGUUCCACCUGGUGUCGCCUGUCAGCGUGCCCCGCUACCAGAGGUUCCCGCUGGGUGACGGACAGUCCCUCCUCCUUGCUGACGCCCUGCACAGCCACAGCUCCCUCUUCCUGGAGGGCAACUCCCGGGGCAGCCCACCGCUUCUGGAGGCCCCGGCCUCACCCCCUCACGCCCCGAGGUCCCAGCGCCCGGGGCGGAGGAUAAGCCAGGGCAGCUCCCACAGUGAGAGCUCGGAGUCCUCGGACAGUCUGGCCCCCGUGGGCACCUCCCGCAUCACAGCCAAGUGGUGGGGCAGCAAGCGCAUCGACUACGCCCUGUACUGCCCCGACGUCCUCACCGCCUUCCCCACCGUGGCCCUGCCCCACCUCUUCCACGCCAGCUACUGGGAGUCCACGGACGUGGUGGCCUUCAUCCUGAGACAGGUGAUGCGCUACGAGAGCGUGAACGUCAAGGAGAGCGCUGGCUUGGACCCCGCGGCACUGAGCCCCACCAACCCCCGCGAGAAGUGGCUUCGCAAGAGGACCCAGGUCAAGCUGCGGAAUGUCACCGCCAACCACCGGGCCAACGACGUGAUUGCUGCCGAAGACGGCCCCCAGGUCCUGGUGGGGCGGUUCAUGUACGGGCCCCUCGACAUGGUGGCCCUGACCGGGGAGAAGGUGGACAUCCUGGUGAUGGCAGAGCCUUCCUCCGGCCGCUGGGUGCACUUGGACACGGAGAUCACGAACAGCAGCGGCCGGAUCACGUACAGCGUGCCGCGGCCCCGGCGCCUGGGGCUCGGCGUCUACCCUGUGAAGAUGGUCGUCAGGGGCGACCAGACCUGCGCGAUGAGCUACCUCACAGUGCUGCCCCGGGGCAUGGAGUGCGUGGUCUUCAGCAUCGACGGCUCCUUCGCGGCCAGCGUGUCCAUCAUGGGAAGCGACCCCAAGGUCCGGCCAGGGGCAGUGGACGUUGUCCGGCACUGGCAGGACCUGGGCUACAUGAUCCUCUACAUCACGGGGCGGCCGGACAUGCAGAAGCAGCGGGUGGUGUCGUGGCUGUCCCAGCACAACUUCCCACAGGGCAUGAUCUUCUUCUCGGACGGGCUGGUGCACGACCCGCUGCGGCAGAAGGCCAUCUUCCUGCGCAACCUCAUGCAGGAGUGCUUCAUCAAAAUCAGUGCGGCCUACGGCUCCACGAAGGACAUCUCCGUCUACAGCGUGCUAGGCCUGCCACCCUCCCAGAUCUUCAUUGUGGGCCGGCCCACCAAGAAGUAUCAAACCCAGUGCCAGUUCCUGAGCGAGGGCUACGCCGCGCACUUGGCCGCGCUGGAGGCCGGCCACCGCUCGCGCCCCAAGAAGAACAGCUCGCGUAUGAUCCUGCGCAAGGGCAGCUUCGGCCUCCACGCGCAGCCCGAGUUCCUGCGGAAGCGCAACCACCUGCGCCGGACCAUGUCGGUGCAGCAGCCCGACCCGCCCGCCAACCCCAAGCCCGAGCGGGCCCAGAGCCAGCCCGAGUCCGACAAGGACCACGAGCGGCCCCUGCCCGUGCUCAGCUGGGCGCGCGGGCCCCCCAAGUUCGAGUCGGUGCCCUGAGGGCCAGGCUGCGCGCAGAGCAGGGGGGCCCCCGCGGGCUGCCUUCUCCCCGGCAGACACAGGCCUUUUCCUGCUUUUUCCCUCCCGUGUCUGUCCAGCAGUGUCCGACCAGCGAGGGGG